AUGCCGAGCGUGAAACCCAUCCUUCCUCCUCUCAAGACGCCAAAGACCGAGAUCUUCCCAUCGCAACUUCACAAUGGCUCUACAUCCAGUGUUUCCGACUACAUCAAGCAAGAGGAUCUAUCAACUCCUAUUACACCUCCGACAGCGUACACGGAAUUUCUCAAGGCCCUCACACCUGUCUUUACCGGACCCAUGAGCGCUGGUCUCGGCUUUCCCAAGUAUCUUGGUGACAAAGCCUCCAAUGCUACAUCACCCACCUCUCAACCCGCGAGCGCAUUCAGUGGGUCGACGUUUAGCGAUUCGGUCAGAUCCCCGACUGUAUCUUUGCCGCCACCCACGCCAAACUCAGCGGCACCAUCUCGAAGAAGUUUCCAUGGUCGCCGUCUUCGUAUCCAGUCGUCGCUGAAGUUCUCGCCAAGCGCAGACUCACCCCGAAGCGCAACACCCCAGAGCGCAACACCUUGGAGCGCAGCACCCAAGAGUGCGACGACUCUUCGGUCACCCUUCUCGCCGUCAGAUUGGACGCUACGCUAUUAUGAUUCGCCUCGCAGUGCGAAGCCUGUCAGCGUGAAACAGGUUGUCACGCGAACGGUGACCUAUAAGCGCACUCAGCUCGAAGCACCGCCGAAGGGAAAGCGGCGCAAGUGUCGCGAAGCCAAGGAAGUUGACUGA